CGAUCAUUGUACUUGUCAAGGUGAAGAAAAAUGAUAGGCUUGACUAUGUUUCAUCACCUUCUUCUUUCUUCGCUUCUGGUUUGCAGCUUCUUGCAGUUGCAGCGACCUGCACAUGCCAUUAAAAAGUCUUACGUUGUAUACUUAGGAUCACAUUCUCAUGGUCCGAGACCUUCCUCUGCUGAUAUGGACAUCGCCACAAGUUCACAUUAUGAUUUGCUUGCCUCAGUCUUAGGAAGUCAUGAGAGGGCCAAAGAAGCCAUGUUUUACUCUUACAACAAACACAUCAAUGGCUUUGCUGCAUUACUUGAAGAAGAAGAAGCAGCUGAGAUCAAAAAAAAUCCAAAAGUGGUGUCAGUGUUCUUGAGCCAAUCGCAUAAGCUGCACACAACCAGAUCAUGGGCUUUUCUGGGACAAGAAAGAAAUGGACGAGUCAUAGCUGACUCAGCUUGGGUCAAAGGAAGAUUUGGUCAAAAUGUGAUUAUCGGCAGUCUUGAUACUGGUGUUUGGCCGGAGUCUAGAAGCUUCCGAGAUGAUGGGUACGGUCCCAUUCCAAAGAAGUGGCGUGGAGGAUCAAAAUGCGAGCUCUACAGUUUGUCUGGCCGUUCUAACAUGACUCUUUGUAACAGGAAGCUCAUUGGAGCCAAAACCUUUUAUAAAGCCUAUGAGAUAAAACAUGGAAGCCUGGGCCCAUCAAAUGGUAUCAGUGCUCGUGACUUUGAGGGGCAUGGGACCCACACACUGUCAACAGCCGGCGGCAACUUUGUUCGGAACGUAAGUGUUCUCAACAACGGGAAUGGCACUGCGAAAGGCGGAUCUCCGAGAGCUCGUCUUGCAGUGUACAAAGUCUGCUGGGGCCGUGAUAAUUCUGAAGACUGCACUGAUGAAGACUUGAUUUCUGCUUUGGAUCAUGCCAUUGAUGAUGGUGUCGAUGUGCUCUCUAUUUCCAUCGGCCGAAGUGCCGUCCCAGAUAUUAAUGACAUGUUGACAAAUGGGAUCUCCAUUGGGUCCUUUCAUGCAGUUUCUAGAGGCAUAAUAGUGGUUGCCUCUGCUGGUAAUGAUGGUCCUGAACUUCAAACUGUAUCGAAUGUAGCACCUUGGAUCUUCACUGUUGCUUCCGGCUCCAUAGACAGGGGCUUCACUGAUAAUAUUACUCUCGGUAAUGGCCAACGCAUAAAGGGGACAAGUCUUGCCACAAACUCGACAUCUCAGAAGUUCAUUCCCGUGGUCAUUGGUGGCAAUGUCAAGCUUCCUAAUGCGACAUUUCAAGACGCUCAACUUUGCAGACCAGGAACCCUUGAUCCUACAAAGGUAAGGGGUCGCAUAUUGGUGUGCCAAAGAGGAAGGAGCUUAAGACCUAUGGACAAGGGUGCAGAAGCAAAGCGUGUAGGCGCAUUGAAAAUGAUUCUGCGCAACGAUGAGCAAUUUAAUACAGCUACAGCUGAUGCUCAUGUAAUCGAUACUUCCAAUGUUCCUACUAAAAAACCUCCGCCGCCCCCAACUCAUCAUUCCCAUGGUAAUGAUUUGUCGGACUAUCUCGACAACAACAAGAACCCGCUUGCAUUCUUGGACAACGCAAAAACAAUUAUCCCAAAAAGGCCAGCUCCAAAAGUUUCAACAUUCUCAUCCAGGGGACCCAACAUGAUUCUACCCUCAAUCCUCAAGCCUGAUGUAACUGCACCAGGUCAGGAUAUAAUUGCUGCUUAUUCCUCUGCUGCAAGUCCCACCAACCUAGAUUCGGAUGUAGGACGUCACUUUGACUAUAACAUUCUAUCUGGAACUUCCAUGGCAUGUCCUCAUGUUACUGGCAUUGUUGGUCUUCUUAAAACUCGCCAUCCUAGUUGGAGUCCUGCAAUGAUCAAGUCAGCCAUCAUGACCACCGCAAACAUGCUGGAUAACACCAAUGCGCAGAUUCGGGACGAGCAAGAUGAUGAAGUAGCAACUCCAUUUCAUUAUGGUACAGGAUUCGUCAAACCCAACCAAGCAAUAGACCCAGGUCUUGUUUAUGAUCUCAAGGUUUCUGAUUACCUCAAUUUGUUAUGUGCCUCUGCUUAUGAGGAAAGAUUAGUGGAAGCCAUUAACUAUAACAGGCCAUACAAAUGUCCGAGGUCUUACAGACUAGAAGAUUUCAACUACCCUUCCAUCACAUUACCUUUUCUGGGUGUGAAACCUGUAAAUGUUACUCGCACUGUAACAAAUGUUGGACCUCCAAGCACGUAUACUGUAAAUGUCACAGCCCCGACAGGAGUUAAGGUUGCUGUUCUUCCGACAACUUUGACGUUUCAGAGGACAAACCAGAAGAAGAGCUAUCUGGUGAUUUUGCAGGUAACAAGUUCAGCCAAAACUUCAGAUCAGCCUUCAUUUGGGGAGCUGGCAUGGACAGAUGGCAAGCACAAAGUGAGAAGUCCAAUAGUAAUUCCGCAAUAUGAGAAAAUGGCUAUGUAGAUUAAUUUCAAUGUUAGGUUGCGCCAACCCAGUGUGUGUGAAAUGAUAAUAAAGUGGGACAUAGUGUUUUUAAUUAGUAUAUGCUCAGAUGUGAGGAUGUAGUACUAAUCUUCUUUGGCCCAAAAAAAAAAGAUCUAGUAUUGAUCUUUCGUCAUAUCAUAAUAACAAAGUGAUGGGUCUACUCAUCUGUAGGUCCUCUCGCAACUUUCUCAA